AUGGCAACAAAACCAACAAUAGCUACUAGCCCAACAAGCUCUUCACAAAUCGGUGACCACUUUUGGAACAAAGUGUUCGACAUAUACAAUGUCGCGGUUCGAAUCAAGCAUCGACCCGAUCAAAUCACGGGUAGAUGGCGUCUCAUCAAGGAGCAAGUCGGGAAGUUUAACUCUAUUUACAAAAAGUAUGAUGAUGACCGACGUAGUGGCGAAAGUGAUGCGCAAGUGAUGGAACAAGCUAGGCAAGCGUAUACUUUGGAAAUGGGUGGGAAGUUUACAAUGUACGAAGCUUGGACCAUUUUAAGAGAUAGACCGAAGUUUCUAUCUUUUAUCGGUGUCGAUGGCAUGGUGAUAAAGAAGAAACGGAUCUCUUGCAUGAUCAAGUCUAGUGAUGAAGACCAAGCGCUCGUGAACCUCGACGAAGAAGAGCCACUCGACACCGAACUCUUUGGCCCAGAUAUUAUUCCACGCCCCCCCCCCCCCCAACAAAGUCGAAAAAGAAAACGCCACGAACAUCGGGAUCCUCGGAUGCGGCCUCAUCUCUUUCAAGUGCAUCGACUUGGCCUCACGUCUCGAACAACUUGGAAGCUCCAAACAAGCGUUUAUUGA